AAUAUGACUAAAAUGGUCCAGGAACUUAGUUCACUUUAUUUUCACUUGAAUAUUACAAUUAUUGUUGCUAGAUAUUAAUUAAACAGUAAUAUUUUUACACUUUGUGGUAUUGUGAAUUCAGAAUUUCAGAUUAAACCAAGAAAUUUAGUUUCAAACUUGUAACAAGCCUCAUGUAAAAAUUGCCAGCACAAAAUAAAUAUGGAUCAAGCAGGAUACUCUAAGACGCAAUUACAUAUAACUCUUUUAUCUGGAUUUUUUAUUGGAUUUUGCGUUGCCCAGUUCAUGUCCUACAUUAUCAUUUCCGAGCACAUACUUUCAGUUAGCUUACAGUUAAAACACGAAACUAAUCCUGUUGCACUAAAUUGUUCCACAAUUCAGGAGAUUAGACAUGAUCACCCUUAUGACAAUUCCACUGUGGCCGAUCAGCUAAGGAAAGAAGUGCGUAUUCUCUGCUGGGUUAUGACAAACCCCGAAAACCACAAGAAAAAAGCCCGCCAUAUAAAACGGACUUGGGGAAAACGCUGCAACAUUCUUCUAUUCAUGAGCUCAGAAUAUGACGAUGAACUGCCCACUGUUAAGCUAGACGUCGAAGAAGGCCGCGUAAAUUUAUGGCGUAAAGUGAAGGAGGCAUUCAAGUACGUCUAUAAACAUCACUUCAACGAUGCAGAUUGGUUCUACAAGACAGAUGAUGACACUUAUGCCAUAAUCGAGAAUCUUCGCUAUAUGUUAUAUCCCUACCAUCCAAUGACGCCCGUCCACUUUGGGUUCAAGUAUAAAGCUUACGUUAAACAAGGUUUUAUGGCAGGGGGACCGGGAUAUGUGCUCAGUAAAGAGGCUCUUCGUCGAUUUGUAGUUGAAGGUAUUCCUAGUAACAAGAUAUGCAUAAACGACACCAAUGAAUUUGAAGAUUUUGAAAUUGGGGCCUGCAUGGAGAAUCUCAAUGUUACUGCCGGCGAUUCGAGGGAUUGGAAUGGUCGUGGUCGAAUGUUUGUUUCAGUACCUCAAGAUCAUUUAGUACCAGAUAGAAAUACGGGUUUUUGGUAUUGGAAUUUCUCAUUCUAUAAAAACGACGAGGGACUCGAUUGUUGUUCGGACAAUGCGAUAUCAUUUCACUAUGUUAUACCAGAAUUAAUGUACACUAUGGAUUAUCUAAUCUAUCAUCUGAAGCCUUAUGGCAUAGUCAGAGAACCUCAUCGUUUACCGGCGAAGUUAAAUGUGGGAGAAUUCCUUCCACCCCCAAUAGAAGAAAUUGCUAACAGCAAUGAGGAUUCUAUGGAUGAUGACGAUAGAAAGCACUAGAAAAGUAAAUUUAAUUUUAUAACAUUUUUGUACACUAUAAAUUAUUGGAGAACGUUUUAAAUAAUUGUA